AAGGGCCCUCGCCCACGGGCGACUUUUUGUAGCGAUGCAGUCGCGAUGCUCUCGCGCGUAGCAUCGAUACAGACGCGAAGCAGUCGCUAGCUGUGUGCGCCCGCGCCCACGGGACCAGAUUCAGUCGCGAUGCAAACGCGAUUCGGUCGCGAUGCAAACGCGAUUCGGUCGCGAUGCAGUUACGAUACAAAAAUACCUUGGAUCAGUACAGUUGCAAGAUGGACUCCGUUGAGGCAACAUUAGUCACGUUGUCUUUGGUGCUGCUUUUACGUAAGCAGCCGAAGCGUAGGCAACGGAAGCAGCGUCAAUAUUGGAUGCAUCCAUUUAAUACCCAGAGAUUACUUUGUGGACAUCAUGUAACAACAUUCAAACAACUCAAAAAAUAUGAUUUUAAAUUCAAAAGUUGUUAUAGAAUGUCAUAUUCGACGUUUUGUGAAUUGCUUUCCAUUGUAAAACCAGAGUUGACACGCAGAAAUACAAUGAUGAGACAAUGUAUAUCAGCUGAAGAACGACUAACCAUCACUUUAAGGUACUUAGCAACUGGAUGUAAUUUCACAGAUCUUCAUAUAGAUUUUAAAUGUGGACAUACUACUGCACGCAGAAUUGUUAAAGAAACCGUAGAAGUAAUAUGGAAUAAAUUAAAAGUCAUAUCCAUGCCAGAACCAAUAGAAGAAUCACAUUUAAAAACCGCUGAAGGAUUUAUGAAACAUGCAAAUUUUCCUAACAUAAUUGGAGCAAUAGAUGGAAAACAUAUAAGAAUUAUAAAACCAUGUCAUACCGGCUCAGAAUAUUACAAUUACAAACAUUUUUUUUCCAUCGUGUUGCUAGCAAUAUGUGACGCUAAUUAUAAUUUCAUAGCUAUCGAUGUCGGAUGCUAUGGAAAGAGCUCCGAUUCAACAAUACAUGACAGCAGCGAAUGGGUUAAGAAAAUACGAGAAGGAAAUUUUAAAAUACCUCAACCGAGACCUAUAUGUAACAAUGGAAUACCUAUACCGUUUUCAUUUAUUGGCGAUGAAGGAUUUGCCUUAUCCGAACACUUGCAAAGACCAUACGCUGGUAAACAUUUACCACGAAAUAAGAGAAUAUACAAUUACCGCUUGACACGCGCAAGGCGUUAUAUUGAAUGUACGUUUGGUAUAUUGAGUAACAAAUUUAAAAUUUUCAACAGGCCCAUAAACGUUAAUGUUGAUUUUGCUACGAACAUUGUUAAAGCGUGUUGCGUAUUGCACAAUUUCAUACGUAAGCGAGAUGGAUACCAAUUUGAUCACACUCUGAGUAUAAUUGGAUUCCAAGAUUCACCUGCCAGUGAAAAUUUACAUUUAAUAAGAAGACGAAGAUCUGAACUAAGUGGUACUGCAAUUCGAAAUAUAUAUACUGACUAUUUCACCGGUGAAGGUUCUGUACCGUGGCAAGAUUCAAAAAUUUGAAAAAAGUAACCAAUAAAAUAACCAGCAAAGGAGAUCAUCUUGUUUAUAUUUUUACUAUAGGUACUAAUUAUUAUCUCCUAAACGCGUGAACCAAUUUGCAUGAUUCAAACGAAUAAAAUGGUUUUAGACCUAGACCUUUCGUUUGACACCAAAAUCGUUAAGAUAUCUCAACAAACAAAAAAUCACAUUUUCAAGUUGCUCUCGUAAUUAUCUAACAUGUUUGUGAAACGCGUACAAACAAUUCUUUUAAAAACUAUCUUAUUAAACGUUCACAAUUAGCGCAGUAUUACUAUUAAAUUAAUGAAGUGAAAUUAAUGAAUGAGUUAAAUAACUUACCACAAUCAUUCUUUUCUUUGUUAGUUUUUUCUCCAAAUUCUGCAUUAAAUAAUUCAUUUAUCUCUUCCCAUGCCUUCCUUUUUGCAAUCUUAUUCGAAUACUCAGGAAGACGUGAGUCCCAUAUUACAGGACGCUCCUGAAUUGCCGUAAUAAACGUUUCAGUGUCAAAUGACUCCAUUUUACGCCUGUGACGGACAAUAGCAUGCACUCUGGACCUGUCUGUGUUGCACGUUGCAAUGAUGCCGAUUCCCAAUCACGCGCCGCGCCACACUCCCUCCCCCCUCCGUUCUCUCUACCGAUGUCGUCCGACACGGUCGCGCGUUUGUAUCGAUACAAUCGUGAUGCAGUAGCGCGUUGCAAAUGCGACUAACACGCGUUAGAAGUGAUGCAGUCGCGCGUUUGCUAAACGCGCGACUGCAUCGCUACAAAAAGUCGCCGUGGGCGAGGGCCCU